GAUAAGAACGGUUCUUGGAUUCGAAAUAAAAACCAAACAAAUAUAAAAACUGAAGGAUAACUUUUCCACGCUUUUUCUAAUAAAAUAUUCAAUUUCAAGAAAAGGCUAAAUAAAAUUUGUGUAUAUCCUGUGAGUGUGUUGUCCUUUGAAUAUAAUAAAACGAAAAAAAAUGUUACGAUAAUAAAAGAGCAAAAAGAUAAAAUAAACCCAAAAGGAGUAUUUUCAUUCAAAUUGUUGAAUGUUUGCUGGAAUAAAGUGAUUUUUGUUUGUAUCCUUGUUCCUUUUUGUUCCUUUACGGUUUUCUGUAGUAUGAAGAAUUUGUGAGAGUGUAUUUAGUGCGAGUAUUCGAGUUUGUGUAUGUGUGCGUAUGAUUAAAAGAAAAUUAUUAUAUUACAUUUUUUUUGCUGUUAUAAAGUGAAAAAGUGUGUUUAAGCACUCAACGCACAGCACAAAAGGAAAGUCACAAACAAAAAAGAAGCGGGAAACAAAGGAAUGUCACCGCAUUUUUUCAAGGAAUUUCAUCAUUUGGGAAUUUGUCAAAUGUGAAUUUAAUUUAAUUUUGUUUUUUUGAGAAAUAUUUUUGAGAUUAUAUAUUCAACCACCAAAAAAUACCCAAAAAACCAACAGAAAAAAGGAAGGAACUUUUGAAUAGAAAAAUAUAAUUUUUGGAACAAAAAAAAGGACAUUACCAAAAUAAGCUUUGGACAUCUUUAAACAAUGCACAUUUUGUAUUAAAAAUAUAAAAACAAAACUGCUAUUAUUUGCUCUGACAACGAAAUAAUAAAACACACAAAAUCCCCCGCUAUCACUCCCCUCACCGUCAUCAUCAUCACGCUAAAGAAUUCCCAUUAACUAGGAACAAAAAGUUUAAUAUUUCAAAACCUCUGCGGAAGAGUGGAAUUGAAAGUGGAACAAUCGCGCGAUCUAUAGGUCUAGAGGUUGUCGGCGUUUCAGUCUUUGGAAGCCUUCUUCAAUUAUUCACAAUCAAUUAGAAUUCGAACGAAAAAAUUUCAAUUACACAAACGAUUUCUGCUGCUUCACUAAUCGAUUCACUAAUUGAAAUCAGGAUUUUUCGUUCUUCGUUAUUUUUGUUGUUUGUGUUGGUUAUCGUAAGCGCCACAUAAAGGUGUACCUCAAUUCAUGCUCCCGAGUCCUGAGGAUGAUGAUGCCAUAAAACCUAUCAACUCGCUCCGUGGUGGCUAUAGAAGAAAACUUGUAUUUGUAAAACUAAUGCAGAACCAAAGCUUCCUCGCAUCAUCCGGCAUGAUAGGAGGAUGAUGAUAAUUGGAUGAUGCACAUACAAAUAAUCACGUUGCCACCAAUUAUCACCCCGUUGUUGCACAUUCAACAAUCUCCCACCAUCCUAUCUACUCCUGCUAAGGAUUAAAACGACGCUCCUUCCUAAGCCCCCAACGAACGCAUGAGAAGUGAGUGAAAAAGUGAAAAAGUGAAAACCUAAAAAUAAAGCCAGAGGUAGGAAACUUUUUUAGAAAAUCGAUUUUCAUGUCACGAAUUGACCAUCGUCCUGGCAAUGACUGCAGCAGCAUCAUCACUCCAAUGUCAAAUAGGAACAAUACAUUCUGGUGUCGAACAAAGGACCAUUUUAUAAAUAUAUCUAACCGAAUCGGGACCUGCAAAAUGGAAUGUUCCACUCGAUUGAACAAGUGCGGCACCUGGUUUUGUUCUCGCACCAAUAAUAACAAUAACAACAACAACAACAUGACAUUCAACAGCACCAGUGGCACCAACAACGACCAGCUAAAUGGGGCGAAGCCGAUUCCCUUUACGAGUGAAAUAGUUCAGGGACCCGGCCCAAGUCCGGGCAGUUCGGGUUCGUGCGAUGACAGCGAGCCACCAGCAAAGAAUUGUUAUCGACUUGUAAUGUUGGGAUCCGCUCGAGUUGGUAAGACAUCGUUAGUUGCAAGAUUUCUCGGUGGCAAGUUCGAGGAAUCCUACACACCGACCAUUGAAGACUUUCAUAGGAAAUUAUAUCGGAUACGAAGUGAGGUUCAUCAGCUGGAUAUUCUUGACACUUCGGGUAACCAUCCAUUUCCGGCAAUGAGAAGGCUGUCAUUUCUAACUGGCGAUAUCUUUGUCCUCGUAUUCAGCAUGGACUCAAGGGAAUCCUUUGAAGAGGUCGUCCGAUUGCGAGAACAAAUACUCGAGACCAAAUGGAGUGCACAAUCGGGUGGACGCUCAAAAAAGAACCUACCCAAAGUGCCAAUGGUCAUAGCUGGUAACAAAUGUGAACGAGAUAUGAAGACCGUUCAGACUGAAGAAGUUAUGGCUUACUGUGCGGGUCAGGAUGCAUGUUGUGUUUUUGUCGAAUGCUCAGCCAAAAAGAAUAUUCGAGUCGAUGAUAUGUUCUACGAAUUAUUCCUGGCGGCGAAUUUACCCCUGGAAAUGGCCCCCAACCAUCAUAAACGCGUAAGCACAGCCUUUGGAUCGCCAUGCACCCUGCCACCACCACACACCGCCUCCAAUCGAUCCAAAAAGUGUACUCUGUCAAUUAAACGACGACUGAGUGAUGCUUGUGGUGUAGUGGCGCCCAACGUGAGGCGCCCCAGCAUUCGUACGGAUUUGAUGAUAAUGCGCAGCAAGACCUGCUCCCUGGGUGAGGGAGUUGGCUCGGAUGCGGCCGGUUUCAUGGGGCGCAGUUCAAGUGGUUGUGUGCUGCAAUAAUUUAUUAAUAUUUUCGACUAUAGACUAUUCUAUCGACUUAUUAAAAAUAAUGUACUAGAUUUAUAAAUGUAUGUAAAUUCGAUUGUGCUCCUUAAAGGACGAAGAACUAUAUAAGAGAAGAAUAAGAUUUUUAAAUGUGAAAAUCUUCAAUUUUACUUAAAGUUCUUUUUUAUGUUCUUUUUAUUUCCGUUUGGUACGCGGUGGCGUAUGCUUGACUUAAUGUAAAUGAUAUUCCUUACUGUAGCAGUCCUAAGUUGGUCAGUUAUUUCCAGUUUAUAUUAUCGUCGCUCUAUUUCUUGCCUAAUUUACAUGAGUUUAAGCUAUGUAACAUCUUUUCCUGCAAUAUUUUUGCUUUCUUUGAUUCUUUUUCUAAGAAUUCCUUGGGAAAUAUGGUUUUAGUUUUUCUUUAUGGAAAUCAUGGUACCUUGUUGAAUUUUCUUUAUAUCCUUGGCUGCCAUCAUGAUAUUUUUUGGUUUAUUUCUUAUUUUUUUUUAUUUGUUUGUGGUGCUCACACAAAAAUGAAGGACCAUCAAGGGAUUUACAUUUUUCUACCUAAAUUUUGCUACACCAAACUUAAAUGCAAAAUAUUAUUCAGUAUCAGUAUUCAGGACAUCAUCCUCGUACCUUUUCUAUGUGAUUUUUUUUGUUGUUGGCUUUUGGCGCUGUUUGUAUAGCUUUGUGAAUUAUUAAGGGAGGUGCUAUUAAUUUUUUUGUUGAGUUUGAGAAAAGUGGCAUUUUGUCGAAUCAGCAGAUUUCUGAGCGUGUGUAUAAAAUCAAAGUGGGAAAAUUUAUUAUUUCAUAAAAAAUAAUUUACCUGAGUAAACGUGAUGCAAGCAAAGGAGAGAAGUUUGCAAACUUUAUAUGAAUAGAUUUUUUUAGAGGGAUAAACAUUUUCCCAAGGUCAUGAUUGAAGGAUUAAAUAUUUUUCAAUGGAAAUUCUAAUUGACAUUCUUUAAUAAAAAAAUUAGGUUAUGGUCGGAGGGAGUCAAAGUUUUCGUCUAAGUUUAGAUUCAAAUAGGAAAAACGUGUACUGAACCAAGACGGCGGGAUCAAAGAUGUAAUAUCGUUCUUUAAUACACGAUACUUAAAGGUCUAAGCGAAAUAUAACAGCUUAUUGUGUUUUUCUUGUUACUUUAAUUGCUAUUUCAAAAGUUAGAUAUUGAAUAAGUUGGGUUUUUUCAUACAGGCUAACAUUUUGUAUUGGAAUACAACAAAUUUGAUUAUUUCAAAUUGGUAUUGGUAUAAAAUUAAAUUAUUUUAAAACCUUCUGACAUUAUGAUUUCUGGCACAUGACCACCACUGUCAAGAAGUCAGAAUUCGUAAUAUUUAGUUGCCCCUUUUCGAUGACUUUUCCCAAAACUUAUUUCCGUAUAUAUCGACAAUAACUCGGCAAUUGUUGUAUUCUUAGUAUUCAAUCGUUUUGGACUUGUAGCCGUAUAUUGUAGACUUCACAUAUCCCCACAGAAAAUUGUCAAACACUUACUUCUUACUUAGGUCCUCAGACCUGUUAAGUCCCCACAAAGGACAUAGGGCCCCUGCUACGCCUACGCAACAUCAUGUACGGUUUCCGGAAAUGUGUUUCAUCUCCCUCCAACU